AUGCCCCACCAACCACAGAAUCAAGAAAGAGCUCUCGAUCUGUCAGGUGUCCGGCCCAGUUCAAUUUGGCUUUGCAAUUUCUUUGUAAUUUGCAAUUUCUUAAUUUCUUUAAGUUUCAGCUUUGCAACCAUACUUCCCCCGGAAUCGAAAGACACUCUUUUCCAAAAAAGUGCCCGAAAAGGCGUAUUUACCGCCAACGGAACGCUAGUUGGUAUCGUUUACGGUCAGAACUGGGGCGUUAUCUGA